GGGCAGUACUCGGGUGCAGUCGAGCAGCUUCUCCCCAUGCCCCGGCCCCCGUGCCGCCCCGCAUGCAGCCCCCUGGCCUCGAGGGGCUCCUGGCUGCCGGCGGCUUCGCAGGCGGCCAAGGCAGGGUCCUGCCGCCCCCCCCUGCCAUCGGCUGCCCUUCGCCUCCCCCCGGGAUGAACCCCGGUUACCCGACGGAGGAAGCGGCCAAGCCGUGCCUUACGGCCCCCCCGGGCCCCGCCGCCCCGCCGGGCCCCACCGCCUCCGCUCCGCUGCCCUACGGGUACCUGGGCGGGGGGUACUACUCGUGCCGCGUCGCCCGCAGCGCCCUCAAAGCCGGCCCGGCGCAGGGGCCAUUUCCCCCCGAGAAGUACCUGGACCCCCCCGCGGGCAGCGAGGACUUCCAGAGCCGUCCCGCAGAGUUGGCUUUCUACCCCGGUUACGGGGCCCCGUACCAGCCAGUGGCCGGGUACCUGGACGUGUCGGUGGUGCCGGGGCUGGGCGGACCCGGGGAGCCGAGGCACGAAGCGCUGCUGCCCGUGGACGGUUACCACCAGCCCUGGGCUCUGGGCGGCAGCUGGAGCGGCCAGAUGUGCUGCCCCAAGGAGCAGGGCCAGGCCGGCUACCUCCUGAAAUCCGCUUUUGCAGACGCCGCCGCUCCGCUGCCCCCCGACGGCUGCGCCUUCCGCCGGGGCCGCAAGAAGAGGGUCCCGUACAGCAAGGGGCAGCUGAAGGAGCUGGAGAAGGAGUACGCCAGCAGCAAAUUCAUCACCCGGGACAAGAGGAGGAAGAUCUCGGCCGCCACCAACCUUACGGAGAGACAGAUCACCAUCUGGUUCCAGAACAGGAGGGUGAAAGAGAAAAAAGUCGUCGCCAAAAUCAAAAGCAGCAGCGGCGCUCAGUGAGGACGCGGCCACCCCACACCGCAGCCCCAAAGGGUCCCCGGGGCUCCGGCACGUUGAGCGGCACCGGGAGGGGGGUGAAGCGCCGUCCCCAUCGGGCAGCGAAGGGCCUUCUGGUCCCGAGGGGCAAAACCCCAUCGGCAGAUGGGGGCACCGCAUGUCGGAAGAGGCAACGUUCCCACCCAGGACCAUGUACAGACCUCUCUUUCUGCCUUACCGCGUCGUGUUCGCUCCGUCUCCCGUCGCUUCUGUUCGAACUGCAUCAGCAGAGCGCUUUCUAAAAAAAAAAAAAAAAA